GAGGCGGUCGGGCUCAUGAAGAAACAUAUCGUUACAUAAUUCAUAUGUACAGCACGAAUACGCGUACGAAGGCUGUACCGUAUCGAUAUCAAUGAACAUCUCAUCGAAUGCGCCACCACAUCGAGCAAUUACUUCGAAGUACAAUUACAGUACAUGGGCACACACUACUGUAAUGUGCGGCUCGAGCCGCCUUCCAAACUUUCAGACUUCCACCCACACACACGUCCAGUCGGCUUAUGGUUGUGCCUAGGCCCGACUCAUGGCAGUCAGUAGAUGGAAACGGCCUGCGCGUGCGUGCGUGUGCGUGUGCGUGAAACUAAUGACGAGACGUCAAAUGUACUCGACGAGUUCCCUCGAUGAUCCCUCGAUCUACUCGAUACUCCAACUUUCGAGUGAAGGACGCACCUUGACCAUUUCCCUUUGAUUAUUCCCACUAUCUCAUAUCUACUCUGUAACUACACUGUCUACCAUCCAUCACGUACCUGAGUACGCUUGAGUUACCAUCAUCUGGCUGCUGCUGUUGCUGCUGCCUCUUCCAGCGGGCUUACCUAGAACCCGACUCGCCGGCUGGCCUGAUCCACUUAUUGACCACUAAAAGCAUACAUCUAUAAGACUCACGAGUUGGUGUUGGGGUCAACAAGUCCAUCGACAUUGAAACUUCCCCAGGCUUGUCAUGUCCGACUUCGCUAUUCCCUUCAAGUUGCUGUCAACUUUAUCACUCGUUGAGUCGUACGCCCUUGUCAAUUACCAGCCGAAUCUCCUUCUGUUCUCUCGCCCAAGUUACCUCGGCACAUUUAUACAACUUUGCAUUCUCCAGUUCUUCUUUUGGGCUGCAUGGAUUGUCAUAAUAUGGCCUCAAUUUCUGUCACCCGUCAGACAUUUGCCACACCCAUCUGGUGGAUCUUGGUGGAAUGGACACUUCCAGGCAAUAAUAGCUUCCACAACCGGUGGACCCAUGACAAAAUGGUACUACCCAAUAGCAUCAGCAUCUUGUAAACCCGUAUUAACUUGAUGCCAGGGUCAACGAGAUUCCAAAUGACGGGCUGAUAUACUAUCGAGGACUCUUAAAUGUAGAAAGGAUAAUUCUCACUUCCCCAAAAGCCCUCGCCGAAGUCCUUACCACCAACUCAUACGACUUCAUUCGGCCGGAACAACUUACCACAGCCCUAGGCCGUAUACUAGGAGUGGGUGUUCUCUUAGCUGAAGGAGAAGAACACAAGUUCCAAAGAAAACACCUUCUUCCAGCUUUCGCUUUUAGGCAUAUCAAGAACCUUUAUCCAAUCUUCUGGACAAAAUCCAGAGAAAAUGUUCACAAGAUGAUUGAGAAUCUUGGAGAGGGUGGAGCGAAUAAGGAAUUGAUCACGGAUUCCGAAAUGGGACGAGAUGUUGAUACUGAAGAUACCACUCCUGUGAUUGAAGCCGGGUCGUGGGCAUCGAGAGUGACUCUCGAUAUUAUUGGCGUAGCGGGAAUGGGAAAGGACUUCAAUACUAUCCAAGAUCCAAAUGCCCUACUUGCCAGGACCUACCAAAGUAUCUUCGUGCCCACGAAGGGUGCCAUGUUCCUCGGCAUAUUAAGCAUGUUGCUUCCUGGAUGGUUUGUCAAUAACCUGCCCUUUGCUAGAAAUAACGAUAUGAAUCAAGCUUCCGUCACUAUCCGAAACCUCUGCCGCCGAGAGAUCAAGGAAAAGAAAGAGAAGCUUGAAAAGGGCGCAGCUCCCGACGUCGACAUUCUCAGUAUCGCCUUGGGAAGUGGCGGUUUCACCGACGAGAACCUCGUGGAUCAAAUGAUGACUUUCCUCGCCGCUGGCCAUGAAACCACGGCGUCGUCAAUGACGUGGGCAAUAUACAUGCUUUGCCUCCACCCAGAAAUCCAGACCCGAUUACGCGCCGAAGUCCGUGAGUAUAUUCCUAGCCUGAGCAACGACAUCGGGAGUCAGGAAAUCGACCGCAUGCCAUAUCUCAACGCCGUAUGCAGCGAGGUUCUCCGUUACUACCCACCAGUUCCCCUCACUCCCCGGAUCGCCGCUCGUAAUACCACAAUCCUAGGACAAAAGAUUCCCAAGGGAACCAGAGUAAUGCUCAUACCAUGGGCAGUCAACAGAUCCGAAGCCCUCUGGGGGAAAGACGCACAAGUUUUCAAUCCUGAUCGUUGGCUGCCUUCGGAGUCGAACCCUUAUAGUGCUAAUGGAGGAGCGAGGUCGAAUUACUCGCUCCUCACGUUUCUUCAUGGACCGAGGAGUUGUAUUGGCCAAGGGAUGGCGAAGGGAGAGUUUGCUUGCUUGUUGGCUACUUGGGUUGGAAUGUUUGAAUUCAGUCUUUAUGAUAGGAAGGAGUUGAAUGAGGAGAAUAUGGUUAUUAAGGGUGGUGUUACGGCCAGGCCUUCGAAGGGUUUGUGGGUUAGGACGAAGGUCGUUCCUGGUUGGUAA